AUGAUGAUCACCAACCUUCCGACGGAUUUGAUGGAGGAUAUUUUGUCUAGGGUUCCUUCAAAAGCUACGAGAGAAGUGCGAUUAACUUGCACAGAGUGGAACACUAUAUGGAAUAGCCAGAUCUUUGCAAAGAUGCACUUUGAUAAAGCAUUCGAUCCAGCAAAGGAAGAUGGAUCUGAGUCUCGGAUGAUCGUGAUGAUGGAAAAAAAUCUUUAUUUACUGAGCGUCUUCGUCAACGUCAACAUCUACGGCGUUAAUAAUUUUUCUGCAGAGCAAAAAGGUAAACUCACUUGCCUUGACGAACAAGUCAAGAUAUCUGAUGUCUAUCACUGCGAUGGGUUAUUGUUGUGCAUCAUGGAAGACGAUGACACUCAGGUUGUGGUUUGGAAUCCAUAUUUGGGACAAACGAGGUGGAUCCAACUCAGAUCUUCACACGUCCUCCCUCGGGCAGAAACAUGGCAUAACAAGUUCCAUUACGGUAUUGGAUACGACAAAAAUGGAUCUUGUCGUAACUACAAAAUCUUGAGGUUUAUAGAUGCCUUCUUAUUUGAAGAUGACGGGUACGAGUUUUUCUGGUAUGAAAUAUAUGAUUUUAAGUCUGGUUUAUGGACGACUCUUGAUGUCACUGAUCCACACUGGCGUAUACAAUAUGGCAAUGGCGUUUCUGUCAAGGGAAACACUUACUGGUGUGCUACAGACAGGAUCUCACCGCCAACGGAUCGUCCUAGGCUCGACCACAUAAUCUGUUUUGAUUAUACAAGAAUGAGAUUUGGGCCGCUUCUGCCUCUGCCCUAUGAACAUGGGUAUUACAGUGUGACUCUAUCUUGCGUUGGAGAAGAGAAGCUCGCGGCUUAUUGCAACCAGUACGACAGUGAUCCAUAUCAUUUUCAGAUUUGGAUCACGACUAUGAUUGAGGCCGAAAAGGUGUCGUGGAGCUGCCUACUCGCAUUUUAUCCUGAGUCACUCCCUAAUGACGUUAGGUUUUCAUCAUUUGGGGGUUUCUAUAUUGACCAAGUGAAGAAAGUCGCCAUGUUUUCUGGUAGAAGGUCGAAUCACCACGCAGUUUGCAUCAUCAAUGAAGAAGGUGAAUACGCAGGGGAAGUGGCUCUCGAAGAAACUGACCAAAGGUAUUGGCGAAAAAGUUUGUGCUCUUAUGUACCAAGUGUAGUGCAAAUCAAGCAACCUAAAGGAGGCCAAAGGGGAAAAAAACAAAGUGAUAUAGAAAAGCUUCGCUAUGAUGAAAUGAUGUCGAGACUUUCCUUCCUUGAAAGCAAGUGCAAAAAGCUUCAGCUCGACUUAGCUAAGAGGAAGGCGUCCACUUGUAAAAAAAUCUCAUAUCCAACAUCUGUUGUACCAGAACAAGCUCGGUCCACCUCAUUUUUGUCCACCAAUAGUUUUGCCUCUUUAGCUUCUUCGGAUGAUGAGGAUUGA